CCUUUUAAGGAAAUGCAAGUCUUUAGUUGGUUGUUUUGCCAAUGUGUCAGGCAGUUUUUUUUUUUAAUUAGCGCUACAGACAAUUGAUUGAUUCAUAAGCUAGCAACUAACGUUAAAGUGAGCAGUGGCAAGCAGACGUAUAUCUGAGCUAACGCGAAAUUAGAGCUAAUAAGAAACAGCCUUGAGAUUUUUGAGAGUUAAAAUUAGGCCUGUCAGUUAAAUUAAUAGACCCUGUAGGUCUGACAACGGCAGUCACGUUAUACGUUAAGCCGAUCUGACUAGCCUAACUGGGAUAGCUGGCUAUCGUUACAUCACUUCCAAGGUAUCUACAGACUAGGAAGACCUGUUCUGCAAAGCUGACCAUCAAAGGAUCAAUAGGAUUGUAUCGAUACUGGUAUCAGACAUUUGGCCGACAACCUGUCAAGCAGGAUGUUCAGGGUGUCAAAUCUCUCUAAUCGUGACAAAUGACCAUGCAAGGUUCUGUGCACCAGUAGAAAAAGCUCACUACCCUCAAAGAAAGGACCUGAAAAAGUCCCUGCACAAUGUCAGUGGCAGUGGAAACCACAGUGUCCCGGGUGCCUCUCCCUCUUCCGACCCACUUCUCCUAUGCAGAGCAGUCCUUCUCCCUCAAAAAGCGGCGUCUCCCUUUUUCCUCAUCGUCUACAUCCAACUCAUCCUACUCUUCCCCUGCCCGGGUCACACAUUCUCUGCCUCCGCUGCCACCAUCCAAGGGAUGUCCCCCUCUGAGCAGGAUGUUCCCCCAGCAUCCAUCCCCCUGGACACCCCUGUCUUGUUCCCUUAGUAAGUCUCCCCCUCCGAAUUCUGUAUAUGAUCCCAGCAAACAGCAGUCCUAUUUCAGUCAGUGUUUCACUAAUUUGGGCCUGCUGGGUAGAGGAUCCUUCGGAGAGGUCUACAAGGUGCAAAGCAAAGAGGACGGCUACCAGUAUGCAGUCAAGCGCUCUGCUCAUCGCUUCAGAGGCAAUAGUGAGAGGAACCGGAGUUUGAGGGAAGCCAGGAACCACGAGCUCCUGUGUCCUCACCCUCACAUCCUGAAUUUUGUGGCAGCCUGGGAGGAGUGUGGCAGACUGUUCAUUCAGACAGAGCUGUGUAGCACUAGCUUGCUGCUCCAUGCUGAGAACCAGCCUCCUGGCCCAGAUGAGCCUGCAGCAUGGGCCUACCUUUGCGACCUCCUCUCAGCACUGGAACACUUGCACUCUCAUGGUUUUGUGCAUCUGGACCUCAAGCCCGCUAAUGUUCUUAUUACUGACUCUGGCCGUCUCAAGCUGGGGGACUUCGGGCUGCUGCUUGAGCUCAAACAGAAGAGUACAGAUCCUGUAGAAGGGAAAGUGAAAGAGGAUGCCCAGGAGGGAGAUCCCCGAUACAUGGCCCCUGAGCUGCUCUGUGGGGAGUAUGGACCUGCUGCAGAUGUCUUCAGUUUGGGUGUUUCUAUUCUGGAGCUUGCCUGUAAUAUUGAGGUUCCAAAUGGUGGAGAGGGCUGGCAACAGCUCCGACAAGGCUGCCUCCCCUCGGAGUUGACCAGUGGCCUGUCAACAGAGCUUCAGGCAGUGCUGCGUAUGAUGCUGGCCCCAGACCCAUCUGAGAGACCAACAGUCCCUGAGCUCCUUGCCCUCCCCUCUGUUUGGAAACACAGGUGGAAGAGACGCAUCUAUCUUAUGGUCGCCGAGGCAACGUUGACUCUGGCUUCCCUCUGCCAGAUGGUGGUGUGCUUUGGGUGUAGACUCUUGUCCUCCCUUCACUUGUCCUUUCUUCCUCAUUCGACCAAGCCAGUGCCCUGCACUCCUCCUAAGGAUAGCUGGGACAGGGAUUUAACCCUGCCCCUCAGUGCCAUGCAUGCUGACUCGGGAAGCCCAGAGGAUGAUGCAGUGUUUCUGUUGGAUCCCACAGACCCAGACCUUUCCCCCACCUUCUCACACAGGGUCAAAUCCAGACUGUCUGUGGAAAGCACAUCUACUCCUCUCCCAGGUUCACCAACACACAAUCAUCGAAGUCCUGCCCACACACCCACUCACUCAAAUCUGGUUGAUUGGUCCUGUAACUUAGCAGAGACCCCCUCCAGUAUCCACUCAAAUGGUUCCUGCCACACACUGACACCCACUGCGAACCCCAUACACACAGAGCUUCAGACAGACAUCAUGAAUGAAAACUCCACACACAGCCGACGUUCUUCAUCCACCAAGUCCUCGCUGCGAGGUGGUCGCAACUGGGUCCGAACAGAGGAGGCUUUACCCCGACCCAACUUUGAACCAAAGAACCUGCUCAGCUUGUUUGAGGAAACGACUCUAGAUGGACAGCCAUGAGUACAAGACUGACAGUUUACAUUCAGGGGCAAUGUUUUUUCACUUUAAAAUGUCAGGUGAAGAGGACCUAAUGUAUGAAUGUACCAAGUUCACUGCUUAAUUUGUAUGAACUGCUUUUGCCAUUUUGUAACAGUCCUACAACAGCCUCUUUUGACAUGUAUUUAAAAAAAAUAAUUUAGGGAAACGGGUUGAAUAUAUAAUCAGACCUUUAAAGCACUUUUUAUGUUUGUGUAAAUGCAAUCUGUUGCUGAAAUGACAAGUCAAUGUGUAUUGUUGAAUAAGUUAUCAUUAGCUUGGUGUACUCUGAGUCAUUUACCUCACGAGUUGCAAAAGAAAAUAAAACAAGGAGGGAAACAGAAUCUAAACUUGUGGAAUAUGUUUUCAGUAUAAGGAGCUUUAAAAAAAAAAAGUGUGACUGGUGUGCUUAUCAAGGUUCAUGUGAGUCAGAUCAGCAGUUUUUCCCAUCAGCGACAGGAUGAUAACAAGCCCAUUUAGGGGGAGGAGUAUUCUGGAAACGUUAUUAUCACUGACUGUAAGGGAUAUAAACCAGAGAGACUUCUCAUAAGAUCAGCAGUGAAUGAAUAAAUGUAGGUGUUGAUUCCCACUCAGGAUGUUUACCAGCAGAUGGCAGCGACGCACCUCACACUGGAUCCCAGCCGCCUUGAAAACCCAGGAAGGGGAAGACGAUGUGGGUGGUAAUGUUUCGUGCUCACAUUAACAACAUCUAUCGGGAUAUUUAUUUGUGUCCGUUUAUCUUCUGGAAAAGCUCUACCGAUAGAUGCCAGAUGGACUCCCGGGCUGCCAUGUCCUGAGACAAGAUUUCGCAAACUAAUUGCGAAUAUUUGCAGAAGUGUGAAUAUUGUAAACAAUGAGCGUUUUGAUCUGGAUCACCGCUAGAUAAUCUGGGAUUCAUCAAAGACCGCGACAAUAUUUAACGGGACCACAUUAGGUUUAAGUCCAUAAAGAUGUCCAAAAUUGAGCGUCUGAACGCCCGAGUGGAAAAGCUGUUGUCCAAAGCGGUGCAGGAGGUUCUGGAGGUGGUGAAAGAGACUGUAUCAGAAUACCAGGAGAAAACCGCAAGAACACAGAGAGAGAACCAGAGUCUGAAGAGGAGGCUGCAGGAGCUCCAGGAGAAGUUAAAAGUGGAAAGCAAUGCCCGGCAGGCUGAUGCAGAGCUGCAUCUCGUGGAUCAGAAACAGAAAGAAGAGCUGGAAGAGGUCAUUGAACUCAUCCCUUCUGAUAAGGACAUUGCAGUCAUUUGUCCCUCAUAUUCAUUUGAAUACCUUGACUGUGAAGCAGCCAUCCCAUCAUUAGCCACCCCCUGUCUCUCCCCGAGAGCCACGACGGGACCACAUUUAGGUGGUGAAAAAUUGAACGAUUCAAGAACUCUUAAAAUGGAGACUGAUAAUGGACUGUCAGCCCCAAUUUCAAACCAUGUAGACCCUGUCACUGCAGUUACAAUCUCUGAAAAUGAUCAUAAAAUGAAAGUAGAGCCCACAUCAGAUGAAGACACCAUGCACACCACAAAUUAUUUUUAUGGUGAUGCUGGUAGGAGCGCUACAUCCUCACACAGACUAAACCUAGAACCUCCUCAAGCCAAUUCAGGACUCCACAAUGAGUCAGGGGUUGUCUAUAGUCUGGACUAUAAUGGCAUAGAAGAGCCUCUAUCUAAAAAAUACAAGAAUACAAACAGUGUCAGAGUAGAAAAACAACACACCGCUCAAACAAACACAAAAGUUGGAGUUUCAGGCUCAAGAGCGUUCCAGAGAAACGUCCGAAAACACUACUGCUGCUCGCUCUGUGGCCGCACCUUCAGGCACGCAGGCGACUACAAGAAACACAACAGGGUGCACACAGGGGAGAAGCCGUACUGCUGCUCGGUGUGCGGGAAGCGCUUCAGUCAGUCGGGCUACCUGACGGUGCACCUGCGCUACCACACGGGAGAGAAGCCGUUUGGUUGCAGUCAUUGUGGCAAAAGUUUUAGUCACUCAAGUAACAUGAAGAAACACCAGCAAACGCAUCUGUGAGGCUGCUGUGUUUUGUACACAUUGUUCAGCUGAUUUAUCCAGAUGUUUCUACACACAUGUUAUUGACAGUUGGAUGGACAGUGAAAGGGCUGGAAAGUGCUGGAUUCUCAAAAUUCAUUGUCAAGUCAUCCUCUAUGAAGCCUUGUGUGGAGGUCAACUGAGUGUUUUACAAUCCUGUUUAGAAAAUGAUGUAGCUUCAAGAGUGUUACAUGGAAAAGUAACCGUGCCUUCUUUUAUCAAAACAGGAAUCUUAUUGUAGAGCACAUGUCAACUUUCAAGUAUCAAGCACAAUCUAAUAAUUCCUUCUGUUUCUGCCUGUUUGUCAAAUGUUUAGAGAGUUACUUGUCGCGGAGGUGCGCUUGUGGACCUACACAUUCAUUUCCAAAUCAAAUAAAUGUAUCUGGUACUUCUUUA